AUGAAAGUGCGUACUGUUCCUUACAACCAGAAACAUCAAUCAUCUUACAAUCCUUCAACGAGUAUAAAAAACCAAAAAAUGCGAAAGUAUUAUCAGGCAGCUCUAGCUCUUACGGCAGCAGUCAGUCUGGUAGCUCUGCUAUUUUACAGGCACGAGUACAACAAACUGCGCUUCGUGCUCCAGGUGUUCAAUUACUUUGGUACACCGCAGAAAAACUCCCUCAACUGCACCAACAAUAUACAAGUGACAAAUACCUAUCACCAGGCUGCUUCUACCUCCUGGCAGCGCCUUUCCGAGGACUUUUACAUCUACUCCGCCUACAGCUACGAUGAGGGAGAAAUAAAGGCUAUUGGGUUCGGCAAGCACUCUAGCAGUAACAAUUAUUACUGUCGAGUUUUGUUCGACGACCAACUGGAGUAUGUACAAGGUAAAUUUUUAGUCCAGAAGAUUGAUGAAAACCGUCAGGAUUUAAACAAUGACGAUUUAAUUAACAACGACGACGAUCAGGAGUACAGUGGGUACUUGUUCACGUGUAAGUACGAAAAAUUGCCCGACAAAGAUGUCGUGGGGAUGCAGGUAGUUGAUGAUAAGCUCAAAAAUUAUGACAGUAUUCCAAUAAUUCAAGUCCAGACGCUUUAUAAUAAUUUUAAUAGCAACAAAACAGGCACGAUAAUCUGCGUAGCUCCACCUGAAUCAAAACCGCUUAAGCAUAUUGAUAUGAUAAGCUUCCUGGCCUUCCACGAUUACGUCGGGUGGGACAAUUUCAUUGUUUAUGACUACGGAAUUCCGUUUGUCUUCAACGAAGCCGUGAGGAAGAUGUCCUUAUUCUCAAAUGUCCAAUGGAAUUUCACCUACUCGGCGGUUCCUUGGAACUUUCCAUACGCACAAAUCUCCAGGAGAGUUAUCAGGAACUUGAUUGAAGCUGACUGCCUGUAUCGCACAUUCUCACGCGCUUCUUUCGCGGUUACUCUGGCUUGGGAUGAAUAUGUAAAUCUUAAGUACCACACUUCUGUUGAGCAUGUACUCUCGGAUUUAAAUAAAGUUAAUGGAAAGAUAGACGAUAAAUUCAGGCUCAACGCUGUGGUUUUUUGCACCGACUACGCAGACAGCGAUUCUGUUAACUCACCGACCCCUGUGAUAUUGAGGACCACUCGCAGAUUAAGAAAUGUUGAUAAAGAUGAACCGUUAUUUAUUUAUAAGCGCGACCAUAUUUCUAGUAAUGAUAUUACUCAACAAGAAAUGGAUGAACUGAUGAUUAUUAAUCGGUAUAAAAAAUGCAAUACUAAUGACAGAAGACAAAUUGUUAAUGGUGUAUUAAGAUUCGCUGAGUCUAUGCCGAGUACACAAAUUUUUCAGUAUUAUAUUACUGGUAGAUUGUUCAGCCAUAAUUGA